AUGCUGCGCCAUCUACGACAAAUCCCAAUCUGCAAUUCGGCCGUCCAAGUCCUAGCUAAGCGAUCCCUCUCGAUCUCUCAGUCCUUUUCCGAAAAGGCCCUUCCGCCGCGCCUGAAGCUUCUCGAUGCCGACAUAACCACCUCUUACCUCAAGGGCACUGGCCCAGGAGGUCAGAAAAUUAAUAAAACAAACUCCGCCGUUCAAUUGAUUCAUAAGCCCACGGGUAUCGUCGUGAAAUCCCAGGCCACGCGAUCGCAGUCCCAGAAUGAGAAAAUCGCGCGCCAAAUACUUGCAGAUAAAGUCGAGCAGCUAUUGAAGGGGGACGAAAGCCGCGUUGCGCUCAAGGCGGAGCGGGAGCGGAAGAAGAAGGCGAGCCGCGCAAAGAAGAGUCGGAGGAAGUAUCGCGAAUUGGAGAAGAAGGAGGUAGAGCGUGGAGAAGGAGGAGGCGAGGCUCAUCAAGAUGGAGGGGAAUUAUGA